UGUGAGUACGAGCUUUGACCGGAAGCUAGCAGGAUACCUCCGCAUCACCGCCAACAGUGUGUCGUUCGAAUCGACCAGGAAAUGAGUUUCGGGACGGUCUGGGUAGCGGCAGCACUUGCUCUAGGAUUGACGGUGUUGCCACAAGUGACAGGUGUCAAACACGUCGACAUAUUUCAGCAAUUUAACGAUGGAAGCUUCGAGGCAAGUCAAAAAUCAUCGGACGGAUCGCUAGACCCUUUGGACGAGGAAGACAUCCGCACGGAACAGCCAACGAGCUGCGUCGAGGAGGUGCUGCCGACCGACCCGCUAGAGCUGCACGAAAAGCUGGAAAAUGAAACGGACAUUCCGCGUAUGGUGGUGCAAAACAUCUCCCGACCGAAUCUGGGCGAGCUGUUCCAAAAGCUCACCACGGGCUUCUUCAGCCUGAACCUCUUCCAGAUCGGCCAACACGUUCGCGGCGUCCUGGUCAGCAUCAAGAGCCGCAUGAUGGCGUACACCAACGAUGCCGUUGCCAAAUUCGAGCACCUACGCCACCGUACGAUGCGUGCGGUAAAGCGCAAGAUGGACGAGCUUAACGAACAGAUCCGCACCUACUUCCAGAACGAGUUCGUGGAGUACCGGGACGUGUGCCUUCCGGACGAGGACCACUGCAUGAAACUGCUGCACGCCCAGAUUGACCAGUAUGAGCAGCGGUUGCGCACGAACGUGGAAGAAUGUCACGACAAGCUGGCGGACCACCUGGCCGAGCAGCGGCGCGAAAUAGACGCAGCACAACAGCUGAUGGCCGAACCGUACCGUAAGAUGGACGGUUGCCUGAACCGGGAUGCCGGUUUUGGGCGCAGCUUCUUGGCCUGCAGUGGCAGUGCCGUGGCGAAUCUGGCCCAGCUAACCACGGCAUCGAUGCAAUCGUUCGCCGACAGGAUGACCUUCCUGUCCAGCAAGUUUACGAGGCGUGUGGACAAGUUUGAAAAGUGCGUCGUGAAGAGACGGCAGCUGAUGAAGCAAAACGAACGUGAGGUGGUGGAGAAGUCGAAGAGUUGCUUCAAGAAACAACAGUCUCAACCGGAAGCUUUCUUCUGACCGUGCAGCAUAUGGAAGACGAUGAUAAACACGCACACAAAUAAAGCUGUGAGACGAUGUUAGGUACAAUU